UUUCUCGCAGCCAUAUAUAGCAAGAAAGGAUUUAUGUGCGGUGGCACGCUGAUUACAAGACGCUUUGCGUUAACUGCAGCUCAUUGCUUGGGUAUAGAAGAGGAUCUACAUGUGGGAUUGGGGGCAUACAAUAAAUCUAUUCCCCAAGAUACGUACACUGUCAGUCAUCAGAUACCGCACCCUCAAUACAGACACGGGUUUUCGCCGUAUGAUAUAGGCCUGCUUAAACUGUCAACCAGUGUCGUGUAUAAUAUGAACGUUAAACCAAUCUGCAUUUAUACGAAUAAGGAAAUUAAGAAAAGCGUAGAAAAGUUGAAAACUUUCGAAGCCUUUGGCUGGGGCCUAAAAAAAAAUUUUAACGAUAGUGAAAUUCUUCAAACUAUCACUCUUAACCAAAUGGAUAAGAAUGAAUGCCUAAGUUUGGUUUAUCAAGAUCUCUUAUCGUCUCAGAUCUGUGCUGGAUCCCCAAAUGGCGACACCUGUAAGGGAGAUUCUGGCGGUCCGUUGAUCAAAAAGCUUAAAAUUAAUAACCAAAAUCUUACAACUCAGCUCGGUAUCGUAAGCUUUGGGACAACAGCAUGCAAUUCAGCAGCAGUCUAUACGGAUGUGACUAGCUUUGUAGAUUGGAUUCAGGAAACAAUAAAUAGCUCUGAUGAGCAACUAAAUGGUCAAACCCCCUAUGGUUCACAUGAAGCUCCUACAUUGCGUCCUCCUGUAGGCAAUUAUAAUACAGAGGUAUUCUUAUACCAGGACUGCGCUAAAAAAGACAUGGGAUCAGUCUUACGACCAACUAUUUAUGGACCUGGUUUCAAGGCACUAGGCGUGUUUAUCCAUCCGCAAUUUGUCAUCACAGUUGCCACAAACUUGCCAGAAAAUCAUAACUCUCUAGAAGUGACAUUUAUGGGAGAACAGAAAUAUGAAGAACACAAGGUUUCCUCGGUUUUCAAGUUGCCAGAGCAUGAUAUAGCCUUGCUAAAGCUAGAUAAACAAAUUGGCAGCUAUGAAAGUUUAAAACCCAUCUGUAUGCUCACGAGUCCAGAAUACCAGGAAAACGCCCAAAAAGGGUUUCCUUUUGUCAUGUUUGACGAUGAGAAAGCUAUAAAUGUAGCCGUUGUACCUGGGGAUCUCAACCUAUGUACACAUCAUUUCGGUGCUAAACUCGACCAAAAUCAGUUUUGUGUGGAAAGUCCUCACGAAAUGAAUAUAGCCCAAAAAACCAGUGGGGAAAUAAUGGCAAACGUCUUGAGGCCAGAUUAUCAUAUUAUUUUGUUAGCUAUGGUCAGUUAUUCAUCAGAUGGCAUACACGUUUUCACAAAUGUUAUCAAACAUACAAACUGGAUUUGGAAUAAUAUUUACAACUAUCAACGAUCCCAGUAAAUGUUUCCAUGGCCGAAAAUUUG